UGGGCGCCGCCGCCGGUUCGUCUCCCCUUUCCCUCAGCCGCCUCCUUUCAACCUUGUCCACCGGUCGGCGCGGCCUCUAGUGCGGCCGCAGCGGCUCCCGUUCCUGCCGCAGCGCUCUCCCCUUCUUCCCUCCCCACCAGAUCCCCGAGUUUGCCCGACAUGGCUUUACUCACUGCGGCCGCCCGGCUCUUCGGAGCCAAGAAUGCAUCCUGUCUUGUUCUUGCUGCCCGUCAUGCCAGCACUUCCUCCACGAAUUUGAAAGACAUAUUGGCUGACCUGAUACCUAAGGAGCAGGCCAGAAUUAAGACCUUCAGGCAGCAACAUGGCAACACUGUGGUGGGCCAAAUCACUGUGGACAUGAUGUAUGGUGGCAUGAGGGGCAUGAAGGGAUUGGUAUAUGAAACAUCAGUUCUUGACCCUGAUGAGGGCAUCCGUUUCCGAGGCUACAGUAUCCCUGAAUGCCAGAAACUGCUGCCCAAGGCUAAGGGUGGAGAAGAACCCCUGCCGGAGGGCUUAUUUUGGCUGCUGGUAACUGGACAAAUCCCAAAGGAGGAACAGGUAUCUUGGCUCUCAAAAGAAUGGGCAAAGAGGGCAGCUCUGCCUUCCCACGUGGUCACCAUGCUGGACAACUUUCCCACCAAUCUACACCCCAUGUCUCAGCUCAGUGCAGCCGUUACAGCCCUCAACAGUGAAAGUAACUUUGCCCGAGCAUAUGCACAGGGUAUCAACCGAGCCAAGUACUGGGAGUUGAUUUAUGAAGACUGUAUGGAUCUGAUUGCAAAGCUGCCUUGUGUUGCAGCAAAGAUCUACCGGAAUCUCUACCGGGAAGGCAGCAGUAUUGGGGCCAUUGAUUCUAAGCUGGACUGGUCCCACAAUUUCACCAACAUGUUAGGCUAUACUGAGGCUCAGUUCACCGAGCUCAUGCGCUUGUACCUCACCAUCCACAGUGACCAUGAGGGUGGCAACGUAAGUGCCCAUACCAGCCACUUGGUGGGCAGUGCCCUUUCGGAUCCCUACUUGUCCUUUGCAGCAGCCAUGAAUGGGCUGGCAGGGCCCCUCCAUGGGCUGGCAAAUCAGGAAGUGCUUGUUUGGCUGACACAGCUACAGAAGGAAGUUGGCAAAGAUGUGUCAGAUGAGAAAUUACGAGACUACAUCUGGAACACACUAAACUCAGGACGGGUUGUCCCAGGCUAUGGCCAUGCAGUACUAAGGAAGACUGAUCCACGAUAUACCUGUCAGAGAGAGUUUGCUCUGAAACACCUGCCUCAUGACCCCAUGUUUAAGCUGGUUGCUCAGCUUUACAAAAUUGUGCCCAAUGUCCUCCUAGAGCAGGGCAAGGCCAAGAAUCCUUGGCCCAAUGUAGAUGCUCACAGUGGGGUGCUGCUCCAGUACUACGGCAUGACGGAGAUGAAUUACUACACAGUGCUGUUUGGGGUGUCGCGGGCACUGGGUGUACUAGCACAGCUCAUCUGGAGCCGAGCCCUAGGCUUCCCUCUAGAGAGGCCCAAGUCCAUGAGUACAGAUGGUCUGAUGAAGUUUGUGGACUCUAAGUCAGGGUAAAACUGGAGACUGGGGGGAAACUAACUACCAGAAAGUAAGGGAGCUUAAAAAAUGUACACUUUUGUUU